UUUUCUUUCUUAAAAAGAAAAAUCAUGGUAAAAAGAUGGAGAGAGAUGUACGGAAAUGAGGAAUGCAAAUUCUGAACGUCAAUGAACCUGGACUUGUUUUUGAACAAAUAUUCAGUCAGUUUGCCAUCAUUUCUUGAUCGCCUUUUUCUUGAUUUUUCAACUGGUUUCUUUAAUUCCCAAACCGGCACCCCCCACUGUGUGUGUGCGCGACGCGCCAAAAGUUGUAAUAAUCAAUGCGAGUUCAUACUCAAGAUUCGAUCGAGAUAAAAGAGAUGGAUAGUAGUAAUAAUAACAACAAUCCUAGUUUGCCGUACAAAGUAGGAGUUCCGCCAAAGCAGAAUCUUUGGACCGAAUUCUCCACCACAUUGAAAGAAACUUUCUUCUCCGACGACCCUUUACACUCCUUUAAGCAUCAAUCAAAGUGCCGCCAGCUCAUCCUCGGAAUACAGGCUGUUUUCCCGAUUUUCGAAUGGGGCCGAAAUUACGAUCUUGCUAAAUUCAAAGGUGAUUUAAUUUCCGGACUUACAAUCGCCAGCCUCUGCAUUCCUCAGGACAUUGGCUACGCCAAGCUUGCAAAUUUGGCUCCCCAAUAUGGCUUAUAUUCGAGCUUUGUACCACCUUUGGUUUACGCGUUCAUGGGGAGCUCGAGAGAUAUAGCAAUAGGUCCGGUGGCUGUUGUUUCACUCCUUCUCGGAACUUUACUACAAAACGAGAUCGAUCCCGUAAAAGAUGCUUUCGAGUAUCGAAGGCUUGCUUUUACGGCUACUUUUUUUGCUGGCAUAACACAAGCGACACUCGGCAUUCUGAGAUUAGGGUUCCUAAUCGAUUUCCUUUCGCAUGCUGCGGUUGUUGGUUUCAUGGCUGGUGCUGCAAUAACAAUUGCUCUUCAACAACUCAAAGGGUUCUUAGGCAUUAAAAAAUUUACGAAAAAUACCGAUAUCGUCUCUGUUAUGCGCUCUGUUUUCGGCUCUGCCCACCACGGAUGGAACUGGGAGACAAUUGUCAUCGGAGCAACAUUUCUCGUGUUUCUUCUAUUCGCAAAGUACAUUGGGAAAAAGAGCAAGAAACUAUUUUGGGUGCCUGCAAUUGCCCCGCUAAUCUCCGUCGUUCUGUCCACGUUCUUCGUUUACAUCACCCAUGCAGAGAAUAAGGGAGUACAAAUCGUGAGGCAUAUCGAGAAAGGAAUUAAUCCCCCGUCGGUGAAAGAAAUAUAUCUCAGCGGGGAAUAUCUCUUGAAAGGCGUUAGGAUCGGAAUGGUGGCUGGCAUUAUUGCACUAACUGAAGCUGUUGCAAUUGGACGAACAUUUGCCGCCAUGAAAGACUACCAAAUUGACGGUAACAAAGAAAUGGUUGCUCUCGGUGCAAUGAAUAUUGCUGGUUCAAUGACUUCUUGCUACGUCGCCACGGGUUCAUUUUCGCGUUCGGCAGUAAAUUACAUGGCUGGAUGUAAAACAGCUGCUUCAAACAUAGUAAUGUCGAUUGUCGUAUUCUUAACUCUACAAUUCAUCACACCACUUUUCGAGUACACACCGAACGCAAUCCUAUCUUCGAUCAUUAUCUCUGCUGUGAUUGGCCUGAUUGAUUACGAAGCAGCGAUUUUGAUUUGGAAGAUUGAUAAAUUCGAUUUCAUCGCUUGCAUGGGAGCAUUUUUCGGAGUUGUUUUUGCCUCCGUUGAAAUCGGCCUCUUGAUUGCUGUUUCGAUAUCUUUUGCUAAACUACUCUUGCAAGUGACGAGGCCUAAAACGGUCAUUCUGGGAAAAAUUCCGAGAACAAAUGUUUAUCGGAAUAUUCAACAGUAUCCGGAAGCAAGUAAGGUUCCGGGGGUUCUUAUUAUAAGGGUCGAUUCCGCUAUUUACUUCUCGAACUCAAACUACAUUAAGGAGAGAAUACUGAGGUGGCUGACUGAUGAAGAGGAGCAACUGAAAGCUGCUGGGCUUUUCGACAUUCAGUUUUUGAUAGUUGAAAUGUCACCCGUUACGGAUAUAGAUACGAGUGGGAUCCAUGCAUUGGAAGAACUGCACAGAAGUCUACAGAAGAGAGAUGUUCAGCUUGUUCUUGCAAAUCCGGGACCUGUAGUUAUAGACAAAUUACACGCGUCGAAAUUUGCGAGUUGUCUAGGCGAAGACAAGAUUUUUCUGACUGUAGCAGAUGCUAUUCAAACAUGUUCACCAAAAUUUGCUGAAGAGGUUUAAAAUGAAGUGCUUAAUGUUUUUAGAUGGAGGCAUAUAGUUUUUAGGAGAUUUGAGAGAGCUCUUAAAAUUGUGUAAUCCUUGUCACAAAAGUGAUUAUCUAAAUUAAUCCUAAUGUAUCCAGAAGCUAUAAAGGCAUAUGAUUAUUGAUUAAAAUAAUUAAAUUAAUAGAGUAUUA